UCAAGUUGAUUUUGUAAGCUAAUUUUCUAAGAAUUCCUUGAUGCAAAGUGCCGUUGAAAUAAAUGCAUGCCGCUUAAAUGCGUGAAGAACGAACUCAGCAAUCAAUAUUUUAACUUUUUUGUUGAGGUAUCAAUGUUUAAGAGGUGCAAAAAUAUAUAUGGUGCUUCAAAAUGAGCAGAUAGCGAUUUCCAUUAAAAAGUAUUGAAAAUAAUAUUUGCAAGUAUGAAUCGAAGAAAAUAUACUCCAUCUUUGCUUAGUAGAGAUUCUAUAUGGAAGUCAGAUUCGAAUCUCUUAGAGAGACUUUCAACAGACAGGAGAUAUUCUUAUAACAGAUCUCAAAGUGUAUCAAGCUUGAGCUAUAAUCAAAACAAACUUGAGACUUCUAAACUAAUUGAAAGUAUGCGAUAUCACAUUUCUCAUCUAAAAUCUGAACUUCUCCAUGAAAAAAGUAUAAAUAAAAACUUAAAAAGAGAAGCAUUUUUAAACAUUCAAAAUAUUCGUGAAGAAGAAUCGAUCAAAUAUCAGAGGUUAUUAAGUGCUGCAGAAUUUAAGUUACAGCAAAACUUUGAUAUUGAACUGCAAAAAGAGUGUGAUUAUUUAAAACAAAGCUUUACUUUAGAAAUAAAUCUUUUGAAAAAAAAUCACGAUGAGUUAUUAAAUUGCAAAAAAAAACAAUGGCUGCAAGAAAAAGAUCGUAUUAUAAUGCAAAACGAAAGAUCAAAGAUAAAUGUUAAAAACGAGCUAAUGGAAGACAUUAAUAGAAUAAGAAAAAAUUACGAAAAAGAAAUUUUAGAUCUAAAAGGUACAAUUCAAAGUUUAAACAAUGAGCUAAAUAUGUUUAAAGAAAAAGAUUUUAACAGAGUUGAAGAAAAUAGGCAAGUUUAUGAAUUACAUCAGGAGGAACUUAAAAAGUUUAAAAAAGAGGCAGAAAAAAGUUCAAAGAAACAGUUCUCUGAAAUAAAGAAACUCAACAAGUACAUUGAAAAGCUGGAAAAGAAACCAUCUCAUGAUAAGGACACCACUGCAUAUGAAGUAGAAAAAGUCCAAUAUAUGCUUUCACCUGAAACAAAAGAUUUCUCUUUAAAUAUGAUACUCGAAAAAUCUCCAUAUAACAACAGUGAAGAUUUUGAUAUAGAAGGUUACAUGAUGGAGAUGCCUCCUAUUUUAGCUACCAAACCCCAUAAUGAUCCAGAACGAAUUCUCCAUAGAAAGUAUAUUGAACUUUGUACGCUUGUUAGAAAACUUGAUGGAAAAAAUCAACAAAUUGCAAUUAACAACCAGGAAUUGUUGAAUGAUUUAAAUGAACUUAAAAAGCAACAUAAGCCAUUAGAAGACAAAUUGACACAGUUAGGAAAAAAAAAUAUGGAUCUUAGUCAUUUAGUUCGAAAAUAUGAAAGUAAAAUCAAAGAACUUCAAAAAGAUUUAUCAAUAAAAGAUGAAAAGCUUGUUCAUCUGCAAGAAGUGAUUCAGAAAAAAGAAAAAAAGAUGCAACAUUUCAAAAAAAUUGACAAUUCAAAAGUGAAGGUUGAAGAAUUUGAGAAUUUGCAAAGACAAUUUUGUGAACAAUUGCAGAUUAUUUCAGAACUGCGGCAUCAAAUUAUUAAUAAAGAUAUGCAAAUUGAAAGAAUCAGUAAACAAACCAAACAGUUACAUCUUAAAGAAAAGCGGUCUUUGUCAUUGCAAUCAUUGGAUAGUUUAGAGGUUGAAAGUGACGAAGAAAAAUUAUUUUUUGUUAAUGAUAAGUCAGAACUAAUUGAAAACAAUUCUUUUCUGGAUGAAAAUGCAGAAAUCAAACAUCAGUUUGCAAUUCUUUCAAAAGAGCAUUUAAAACUACAACAUACUUGUAAUUUAUUACAAAAGCAAAUGGUUGAAAGCAUGGAUCCUGAGAGAGUUGAAUUGAACAGAGAGGCACUGAAAACAGACUUACUUGUAUCUCAAGCAGUUAUUAGUGGACUAGAAAAGCGUGUAGAAGAAUUAGAUAAAAAUCAAACUUGUUUGUGUAAAAUUCAAGACAAUAAUGAAAAUAGCGAAGAAAAUAUCAGAAAUUCUGAAAAGGACAAAGAUGACUUACGUUAUAAGCUAAUUAGUGCAGAAUCAGACUUGGUGCAAAAUUCACUUCAAUUGCAUAUGUUAAAAGAGGAAUUAAGAGAGGCUUUAGAUCAUAAUGAACUUUUGGAAUUUCAAAUUGCAGAAAUGGAACACUCAUUUAAACUUAAAAAAAAACAGCCAUUGCUUAGCUUUAUUGAAGAGGAAAAAGACGAUUUUUAUUUGGAUUCAGUUAAUGAUUGCAAUGCAGUCUCUGUGCGAAUUGGUCUAAAAGAAAUGCAAAUAAAUAGGAGUGGUGAUUUAUCAGUUCAAGAAAUGAAAACGUUAUCACAAGCAAUGGGAUUAAUAGAUAGAGGUAUAAAGGAUAUAAAUGCAUUAAAAGAAAGUGAUGAAAACCUACGAGUUAAAAUGGUUGAAAUUGUUAAUAUGUACAAUGACGCAAAAUUGCAGUUGGUUUCAAAAGAAAAAGAACUAAACAAACUUUUGAAAGAAAAAUCAGUAGCUGAAGAAAAAGAAUUGUUUACAUAUGAAUUAGAUAUAAGCAAGAAGAAAUGCACUUUUGGAUUAGAUAAAUCAGAACCAUUAAGUGAAGCUAGAUUGAAAAUUGCUGAACUCGAACUUAAAAAUGAUCUGCUAAAAACUACUAUUUCACAUAUGGAUGACCAACAGGCUUGUCUAACUGCUGAAGAAAUUACACUUUUACAACAGAAGAUUUUACAGCAUCAAAAGUGUGAUGAACAAUUAAGCGUAAUGAAAGCGUCAUACGAUGAACUUUUGAAAAAGUUAAGGAAAUCAGAAGAAAAGAGUGAAUUUGUAACAUCGGGAAAAUCAAUAUGUAUUCCUUUUAAACUUAGUCAGGAAAUUGAAAAACUUAAAGAAGAAAAUAAAGACUUGAACAAAGAAGUUGGAUUACUUCGCUCUAAAACUAAUGAUGUACUCUUUCUGGCGCUACAAACAAAAAAUGCCCUAAAUAAAGAAGAACAAUCAACUCAAACUCCAGUUUUUGAGUUUUUGGAUUUUAGAUCCCUUGAAGGUUCAUAUGUCGAUGUCUCUGAAAAUUUAACAUUGUUAAAUGAGUCUUCUGUUCGUAUAUCAGAUAAAAAUACUAAUAUCUAUGCGAUCACUCAUGAAAAUAUUAACCAAACAGCGCAAACCGAUUUACUUCUAUCACCUGUCAUAAUAGAUGAUUUUUAUCACACAACACCCAGAACUAUAAACAGCUCGCUUAAAACAAAAUGUAGUUACAAUCAAUCAACUUCAACAGAUUUCGCAGCCGUUAAAACAACAUCUUCUGAUUUUAGUAAUUUGCCUUUUAUGAAUGACUUUUUUAAUCAGAUAACUCCUAGAGAAAUGGGAAAUGCUACUGCAAAAAGUGAUUUGAAUCAAUCAACACAAACAUGUAUGAACGAAAUACUAGUUACAAAAGAUGCUUUAAAUCAAACAAGUGAUAUGCGUUCUCAAAUAAAAACAGCAAAUUUCGAACAACAAACAUCUUUUAAAGAUGAGACUUCAAGACGGAACUCUUCGUCUCACAUAGAAGAUUUAAAACUUUUAAAAAAUAUUGUUGUUGAAGAGUUAAUGAAAGUAGUAGUUUUAAGUGAUGUGCAUUGCGACCCGAUUGUUUUCCUUAAUGACCUUGGUUAUCCAGCGGAAUUAACUGGAAACAGCGACACUCUGUCAUUUGAAUCUCCUUUUUUAAACGAAAAUCAGCAUCUUCUUGACAACAAAUUUAUUGAAUCAGUUCUAAAAGACUAUGCUCUAACUGGAAAAAAUAAAGUAGUCGAGAAAGAUAUUCGUGAUGGCGUUGACAAUAAUCAAAACACUUCGGAUGAAAAUGCAGAAAAUAAAAACGUCCCUGAAUUAAUGCAUGCUAGUUUAAUUUCUAAAGAAGAAAAAGAAAAAACAGCUAAUUUGCAAUGGGCAGAUAUAAAAAAAGAUUAUAGCUCUUUAAGUGAUUUUUAUCUCUACUUGAAUGAAAGUCUAAAACAACAACAGUCAACUCCGAGAAAUAAUCCAUUGGCUAGUCAUCGCAGCAACAUAUCUUCAUCGAGUGCUUUUAAUUGCAGCAUUGCAUCUCAAUCGAGUGGUUUUAAUAGUUCUAAUCAAACUGAUUCUCAAACUUCUGGAGAAAAUUUAAGCGAUUUUAAACUAAAUGAAAAACAAUUUAUUUCUUUAAGUAGUGGUUCAGAGUCAUUGAUAAGAAGUUUGGAAAACAAUACCCCUUUUAGUUCACCAUUUUUUUAUAGUAACGCGAGAAUGGGUUCCAAAUGCUCAACAUGCGGAGUAACUCCGCCUAACAACCGAAAUAUGCCUGCUAAGAUCAGUGACUUAAAUUCAUCAACUUCUACUUCAACUUCCACAUCAAAUGAUUUUAAAGUGAUUAGUGACCGCUUUGAUCAAUCAGCGGGAGACAUUUCAGAGACUCACUUUGAAAUUCACGACUCUUUUUUUAUAAAUACUAUGAGAUUUGACGCGCCUCUCAAAGCUGAAAAUUUAUUGGGGUAUGAGAUAGGCGCAAAAAAUGAAAAAUUAACUGAAGUACAGAUUAAAAGCGAUUGUUUAAAAGAAAACAGCGAGUGCUGUAAACAAGACCUUUUCUCUCCUUUCAAUAACAUGCUUUUUUUAAAUGAUCAAGCUUAUGCUUCAUCAUUCAAUAAUCACAACAAAAGUCAAAAUUCAAAUAAAAAAGACUUCCUCUUAAUGAAAAAAGAAAUAUACGAUAAAGACGUAGAAAAACCGUUUUCCAUAACUAAUAAAGAAUAUGGUGACGUAAUGGCUCUUUUGGAUUAUGGAAAGGUUUUGGAACUUCAAAGUUUCAAGUUAAAUGAAAAGUUGCAAGAAGACUUUUCUAAUGUCAGUAAUUUUGAUAAAUCGUUAUUCGAUACAAGUAUUAAGUCGACAAAACCUAAAACCUUCAACUUUUUACCUAUAAAAACUUCAAUAGAGAACUCUGAUUAUAUUCAUAGUAAUUUGAUAGUUAGGGACGAAGAUAAUAUUGUUAAAAAAGAUAAAAAUGGUUUAUAUGAAACUCUUGGUAAUUUUACACUCACAAACUGUUAUACCAAUAUUAACAGCCCACAAACACCAAGGUGCUUAGCGCCUCCUCCGCCAGCCAGUGUGAACAAUACUUUAACUCCUUUUUGUUGCCCACCAGCAGAAAUGUAUGUUGUAGGAAGUUCUCAAAAUGAAAAAAAUUCAAAAGAAUCGAAAUCAUUUCAAAAGAAAUAUUCAGGAGUUGAGGAAAUAAUUUUAAGUUGUUGUCCAAACAGUUAUUCGUACUUAAUUACUUCAGGUACGGUUUCUCCUAAUCUAAAACUCGAUUCUCAAGAGGUCUGUACAAUAAAAGAAAACAGUUCAUCUGAAGACAAAUUUUUUUUUAAUACGUUAAGAAAUGAAUUGCUGUCAAUGGAUUGCUUAAAUUCUACAAUAAAAAAUGAUAAAUUGCAUAUUGGUCCAGAUGUUUUGCAAGAAGAUAAAGAAAAAGAAACGAACAAUCGUAGUAGUUGCUUGAAUGACUUUAAUACUUCGAGUUUUGAUAGCAAAAAUGUUGAAACAAAUCUCGCAGAUAUUAGUUCUUCUAUAAGCUCAGUUAACUCUUCUCAAAAUGAUACAACAUCGCAGUAUUCUGUUUUUCAAUUGGAUUCUAAAAAUGAUUUUAAUAAAUUUAAUAAUCUUCCUUGUCCAUUACUUUCAAAAUCUUGUGCCUCUACACCGUUGGGUGAUAAUAAAACAAUAAGUUACAAAGAUGACCUUGAAGAAAACACAAAAUUGAUUUUACCAAAAAUUUCAUUUGUUAAAAGUACCCAGUUAGAAAAAUCGUUUAUUUCGCACGAAAGUAUGCAUUUCUGCGAAAACAUUAAUAGUUUUGAUCCACAUUUAAAAAGAUCACGCUCAGUAAUCCCAGAUGAUUUUGACUCAAUUGAGUCAAUUAAAAAAAAUAGAUCUCGCUCACACUCUCCCGUUCAACAUAAUCUAUCAUCAACGUUUGUUAAAAAGGGUUUCUUUUCUUCAAAACAUAAUAAAACACCAACGAUAAGUAUAAACGACAACAACAAAAAGUUUAAAAAAAACAUGAAAGACGAUUGGUUGGCGAGUAACACCUUUUUAAAUAAGUUAGAUCUCAAAAAAAGGGAAAAAAAUAUGAAUCGCAACUUCCCUUAUUAUCGGCAAAGCAUAUUAUUAUCAAAAAGCAAUUCACAAAAAAAGGACGCCAAAUGGAAUUCGUAUUCCGAUGAUCUUACCUUAUUAAGAAGAAGAAUCACGUUCAUUGAUGCUGAAAAACAAUCAUUGGAAAGACAACUGAAGUAUAAAGAAAAUGUUAUUCAGUCAAUGCAGGAAGAACUAAAAGAAGAAAAUGAAAAUAUUAUCCUAGUUGAAAAGAAAGAUAAAGAAAUUCAUUUAAAAUCUGAAACAAUAUCUCAACUUACUCAAAUACUUGAGAGAACAAAGAAAGAACUCCAAAUAAAGUCUGUAGAAUGUCAACGCCAAGAACUUACAAUUAAACAGUUACGUGAUGAACUAAAAGCUGUUGUACUUGAAAAAAAAGAAAUUGAAACAAAGCAUAACAGCCAACAGAUAUAUUUAUCAAAGCUUGAAUUAUGUGAAACGCAGCUUGCACAGUUAACUGCAAAGUAUGAUGAGUGUUGCAUCCAUAACCAUGAACUUAUUGAGAGGGUUAAAAAUCUUGAAAUUGGGGAGAAAGAGUUUAUUGAUUUAGAAAGAAAUUUAAUAGAGCUUCAGGUGCAGUUACGAGAUAUGGAAGAUGUUGAACUUCAUCGUGAUGAGCUAUUGCAGAAAUUAAAUUUUGUUAAAAAGCAACGAGACGAGUUCCUUGAAAAAGGUAGAAUUGUUGAGGAAGAGCGUAAUGAAUUUGUCAGAAGCAAUAAAACACUUGAACAGUAUAUUAUUGAAUGGAAGAAAAAAACAGCUGAGUUUAAACGAACCAACCAAGCUUUAAAAGAUCGCAUUUUGAAUCUUGAAAGAGACAAGAAGGAACUAGAAGAUCGUGUUUUAGAGAUUCAGACUGAACGUUCACAAGCAUUAGCAGCACUUAAUAAGAUAGAAGUGGAGCGUGAUGAUUUAUAUAGGCAAUUAAGAGAAGUUACAGCAGAAAGAAAUGCUGCAGAAGCUCGUCUAGCAGACUUAGAGGACUACCUUAGUGAUCAUGAUCAUCUUGAAGAAGGUUUUCAUAGUUUAAGACUAAAGGUUUCUGAACUUACAAGACAAAGAGAUGAUGCAGAAAUGCUUAUUCCUUCUUAUAAGGUCAAAGUCCAAACUCUGAAGAAAAAAUUGCGUGAGAAAGAAGACAGUAUCAUGCAACUCACACAUGAUAUUAAAAAAUUAUCAAUUGCUAUAGAAAAUCAAACAUAUAUUGACUUAAAGCAAAUCAAAUCAAUAAGUAAUUAUGCUGAUAAUACAAAGUACCUUGGCGGAAAGCCUCGCCCUCAGGGGCGUGGCAUUGUCAAUUAUUUUUCAGAUUCUCCAAAUAAGCACUUAAAUCCCUCUACAUCAGGUGACAGUUACGAAGAAGUUGUGCUUCAACCAAAUGAUACUUACAGUGAUGAAAGCUACACUGAGUAUUCAUUACGAUCCCUUCGUCAGAAACCAAGGCAAUAUAUUGCUUUAUUUAAUUAUGAACCUAAACGAAGUCGAGAACUCAGAUUAACAAAAGGUGAUUAUGUAGAAGUUUAUGGAGAUGUGGACACAGAUGGGUUUUAUUAUGCUGAAGUUAAUGGUGCUCGAGGAUUGGUUCCAAGUGUUUAUGUUGAAGACGUUAUUGAAGACGAUUCAUCUGUUAAUAUUUAUCGAGGAGAUCGCUCUCCGCGAUAUCAAUCACAUGGUACUAAUGUUCGUGAAAGAAAGUUUGUGGCUCUGUAUGACUAUGAUCCAUUUACAAUGGGAACUACUGAUCGUCCAGAUCUUCAGUUAUCCUUAACAAAAGGAGAUAAAAUUACUGUAAUUGGUGAUAUAGAUGUGGAUGGAUAUUACACUGCAAUAAAGAAAGGUGCAAGAUAUCUAGUUCCAUCAAACUUUGUAAAAGAAGUAAGUUCACAGCCUCAUGAUCAUUCUCAUCGUCAUGAACAAAAUCAUGUACAUAGCAAUGUAGUUGCAAAGCAUUCAGAAUUACCACCAAAUUCCCAUGUUAGCAGUGCAAAUAUUGGAUCAUCCAAAAUUCAUAAAAGUAGCAACAAUAGUCAGACUUUCAAAGGAAUAAUUGAAGUAGAUGAAGUUGUAGGUCCUCCUUAUGCUCCCGAAGAUUUAAAAGUUCAUCGAGUGGUCACAAAGCAGGCUGUUCUACUUGGGUGGAAAUUGCCAGUUAUGAAUGAGUAUGGACAAAGUAACAGAUGCAGAGUGAUUGGAUACAGGAUAUGGGUAAAUGGUAAACCGAAGCAAGAUAUAAAAAGUGCCACAGUAACAAAAGCUUUGAUUGAAGGACUUGAUCUACAUGGCCGUGUAGAAUUUAGUAUUCAAACUAUUGGUGAAAAUGGAUUUUGCUCUGAAAAGUGUCAUUUUGCUAUUACAGGUGCCCUUUCCACAUUAACAAAAGAAAAUGAACUUCUUCACCAGCAAAAUGGCGAUAUUUAUGUUGCUUUGUAUGAUUAUGAUCCGUUUAAAAGUUCUCCUAAUCCAAAUCCGUCUUUGGAAUUAAAACUAUCUGAAGGUGAUUUGAUUAAAGUCACUGACAAAACACGAAAUGAUGGAUUUUAUUUUGCAGAGAUACGAGGUAACAAAGGAUUAGUUCCGUCAAAUUUUAUCGAACGAGUAAAUGUUUCUUCAUCCGGUCAUCAGAUUCAUGAAUAUGAUUCCCAGAACCGCCGAGUACAAUUUGAACGCGGAUCAACCAAAUAACUCUUUUAUUAAAUAAUUUUUUAGAUUUAAAAUAUUUAUAUACUUUUUCUUUAUUAUAGCGGUUUGCUUAUAACAUAUAUAUUGUAACUUAUUUAUAACAUUUGCUUUCAUUUUUACGAAGCUAUGAUAGUUGUAAUUUUUGUGCUGAUUUCAUUAUAUUGAAUGAUAGGUUUUUUUUGUGUAUAUGUUGUUGAUACUUUGCAGUCCAUCUUUAUGUAAUGAAAGAAUUAUAAGUGAAAUAAAGUUUUUAUUA